CAUAUCAAAUAUAGACAAGUAUAAGAAACAUGAUAAAACCAGUAAGAUAUAUAUAAAAAAAAUAGUAAAAUAUAUACCACAAUAUAACAAGAUAUAUAGAUACAAGAUAUAACAAGAUAUAUAUUGUCUGUAGGCACAGUGUGAAAUUUGUUCCUAUUGUUUUUCUUCCUGGUUCACAUUCAGAUUCCCAGAAGCACACACCUGAGAGAGAAUUAAAACAGGUGUGCUAUUGUUCAGCUGUAAGCAGCUGUCAAGAAGGAAUGUUCUGAUGUAUGUGAUGAGGAAGAGAGGUGUUCCUAUUUAAGGGCCACCCUCACGGUAUCAGCUCAUCCGCUGCUCAGGACUCCAGCUGGCUCCAGGAGCUCCCGACGCCAGAUUCCAGUGCUGUCUCUGGACUCCCUCACACAUCAGAAUGUUUUUCUUCCUGAUCUUCGCUGUGCUCUGCACCAGCUCUGUGGCAGCACCUGCCAUGGUGCCCAACUCCUACUCUGUUGCUGUUGGUGGUGGUAGUGGCACGUCCUUCUCCACAGAGGGAAUGGGAAGGAUCACAGCGAUCAGGGUUUGGGAGAUUCCCAACGCUUACAUCACUGGGAUCCAGCUGCGCUACGAAUACAUUUGGUCUGCAAGGGUUGGUCGUGUAUAUAACAAAGCACAUGAGCUGAUUCUCUUUGACAAUGAGGUCAUUGUUCAGGUCUCUGGCAAAUUCCACCCCUCCAACUACAUCUAUCAGGUGAUCUUUGUGACCUCCAGAGGGCGCUCUCUGGUCGUUGGACAGCCACAACAGACAUCCUUUAACAUGUACGCAAACCACACGGACUCAGAGCUCAGACUGCUGAGUGGCCGCUACAAUGGCAAUGGGAUAACCUCACUGGCGGCUCACUGGGGGGCGGUCUACAUGAAUCAAGGCAACAGCAGCAGCACAGAAUGAAGGACUGAUAUGAUGUUUUCUAGUUAGUGCAACAUGUGCACUGGAGCAUUUUAUACCAAUUUUUGGACUUUUUGGACUUUUUCAAAUUAAAAAAUACAUUUAUGAGGGGACAAUGAUUUACUAACAAUGAUGAAACAAAUGGUAUGAUUUGUUGCACUUAAUCAAAAUGUAGUCUCUGACAUCACAUUCAGGGUUGGUUGCUCAAAUGUCUAAACUGCUGUGUUCUCAGGUGCAAGUCAUAGAAACAUAGGCAAUCUGAAAAAUUCUUAUCAUUUCACUGCUUCCUGAUUAAUUAACAACUGUAAAGCAAAUAGAUAGUUUAAUCCGGAGGGGCAUCGGACCAUAUUUCACGGUAAAACAACAGGUUUGGUACCAGAUUAGCUCCACACUCAACAGCUAAUGUUAGCAUUCAACCACAUUCUAACUAAAGACAUUUUUUUAUCUUGGUAAUGAACCAUACAGGACAUAAUGAAAUGAUAAUGGUUGAUGAGUGUGAUGAGGGAAAUGGCCACCGUGUGAAUAAAGCCAGCUGAGUUUUCUCACGUGUCCUUUUCUUUGUAAUGAAUAAAGUAAUCAUUUUAAAGAAUGACCAUGUGAUUUUUAUUUUCUACUGUUUUUUACCUUGUGAAGAUAACCUAAACUCAUAACACAAGAAGAGAAAAUCAACUUGGUUUAACGAUAUUGAAGCUAAACAUUUAAAGCUAAACAUUUUCUAAAAGUCAAACUUGAGUCUCACAAUGUACAUACUGAAUUACUAUGGAUACAAGUUAAAUAUUGAUUCAGUCCGAUUGAUUGAAAUAAAUCUAAUUAGAGAGUCAACCUUAACUGUUUACGACGUCACCUUAAAAAUGUCCUGGCGGCUCCAUGUUUGAAAUAAAGUGGGACGGUGCCCUCUUGGAUGCCCAGCGUGGUGAAGGGCCCUCUCUUCACUCUGAAUAUGUCACACCUU